GACGUAUUGCAACAAUAUUUCUGUAGUUGGUAGUUGAUACGUGUGAUUUUUAGUUGUAAAGCUUAAUUUAAUGUAUUUGUGUUAGACGAGCGCUCUUUGGUUAUGGUAGACGUGAACCCUACUUGCCACUACGUCCGGUGAUCACACUCCAACCCAGUCGAAGGCUAAUGACACCAAUAUCACGACUCCCAACUUUGAAGAGGUAACGUGCUGCGAGUGAAAACACUGACGAGUCUGAUCGACGAUUCGUGAUUGGGAGUGGAGCUGUGUCGACCAAGUCCUACCGCCCUUGCAUGAUCAAAAAGUUGAUGGGUUUGUGGCUAUGCUUCUCAGAUGCUCACGCGACGGCGACGCACCUCUGAGGGAGAAUCUCAACCCGACUACAACCAGGCACGCAACGGUCAUCGAACAAACGGAGUCCCCCACCAGAGGGCGCUGAACGUAGGCGCGGCGAGCGGCGUCGCGCGGUACGCGAGCCCUGCACGGUCCGGCCCGCUCGACGCAGACAUGACGUGCCGCGACAGAACGACCGAGUUCAUGUCGACGCUGAAGUCCAUGCAGAGCCGCAUGGGAAGCAGCCAGCUGUCGUCCGUCUACCAGAAUCAUUCCGAUCUUAAGCAGAGGAGCGAGUUCAUGCAGAUAGCAAAGCGAAUCGGCCGCGACCUCAGCAGCACGUUCUCGAAGCUGGAGAAGCUGACGAUACUGGCAAAGAAGAAGUCGUUAUUCGACGAUCGUCCCGUUGAGAUACAGGAGCUGACUUACAUCAUCAAGCAGGACAUCAACUCACUGAACAAGCAGAUCGCUUCUCUGCAGGAGUUGUCGCGUUCGAAGGCUCGCAUUGGAGGGCAGCACCGGCAGACGCACUCGAAUGCCGUUGUCGUGGCGCUGCAGUCGAAGCUUGCGACGAUGUCGAACAACUUCAAGUCGGUGCUGGAGGUUCGCACUGAGAAUCUGAAGCAGCAGCGCUCUAGGAGAGAGCAGUAUUCGCAGGGACCCGUCGCGUCGUCGCUGCCUCCUUCCGCCAUGACGGGCCACUACACGGGCUCAGUCCUACUACAAGAGGAUUCGACCAGUUCUCAAGAGGUAGCGAUAGACAUGGGCAUGGGUCCGGGCAGCAGCCGAUACCAGGAACAGCUACAGCUGGUAGAUGAGCAG